AUGGCUGGUGUCGCAAAAUUAUUUGAUGGACAUGUUCUUGAUAAAUCGAACAAAGAGAUUAAUCUUAAUGAUGAUCAAUAUAAAGGAAAAGUAGUUGGUCUUUAUUUUAGUGCUCAUUGGUGUCCACCAUGUCGUAAUUUUACUCCAAAAUUAGUUGAAUUUUAUAACAAACAUGCACAAGAGAAAAAUUUUGACAUUAUUUUUGUAAGUUCUGAUCGUGAUGAAGCAGCUUUUAAUGAUUAUUAUAAAGAUAUGCCUUGGCUAGCAUUAUCUUUUAAAGAUCGUAAAAAUAAAGAGGAAUUAUCAAAAAAAUUCAAUAUAUCUGGAAUUCCAACAUUAAUUUUAAUUGAUGGUGAUUCAGGGGAUAUUAUUUGUACUGAUGCAAGAAACUAUAUUCAACAUGAAGAUGAAAAUGGUGACAAUUUUCCAUGGAAAUCAUAA